CCGCUUUCCUCGUCAGCACCGUCAAAGCCACCGUGUUAGCAUCACCACAUCAUGGGAGGAAAGAAGAAACAGCGUCGUGGUGAUGCAAGCACGCCACUGCGGCCUUUAGGUCAGGGACGCGGGGACAGGAGAACUGUGUUGGUUGUGGAGGCGGCAUACCUCCAAGCUCAGCCACCUCAUUCACGUCAGAAUAAUAACCCGAUCCUGUGUUGACGCUCGAUAUGCGAAAGCUGCCGUCAUGUUGCUGCUUGCCCCCCCCCCCCCUCUCUCUCUCUCUCAUGUGCACACGCUCUACUGUAAGGUACCGCCUGCCUCCAGACCUGAGAGCUCACACACCUGUUCUCUCUCUUGCGCCCUCGUUCACGCUCCCAUUCUCUCGCACACACAUUCAAAUGCACUCGGGCUCAUUUAGCCACCACUUCUUGACUCUUCAGUUCUUUUGAUCUGGUGUAUUGGAUAACACUCGGCCUUUUCGCUAUAGUGAGAGAUCCCUUUGAACCAAACCUGUUAGAGGACCGAGAGAUCUGCAGGAAACGAGCUCUCCAAAGCUCAGGCACCCUCCAACUUGUCCAUGAGUCCUUAAAUGAUAGAGCCAUCUGCCUGUCUGAAGCAGCAAGAGGUCAUGGAGGACUCCACAGAGGUGUGGACCGACGGCAACUCCCUUUUAAAGGCUGUUUAUCUUUGUCGUUUGCGGCUGACACGUCUGCUCCUGGAAGGUGGGGCUUAUAUUAAUGAGAGCAAUGAGCGUGGAGAGACACCACUGAUGAUUGCCUGCAAGACUCACCACAGUGAUGCUCAGAGUGUGCCCAAACACAAGAUAGUCAGGUAUCUGCUGGAGAAUGGUGCUGACCCAAAUAUUCAGGACAAAUUGGGUAAGACGGCUCUAAUGCAUGCUUGUGUGGAGCGAUCUGGGGAGGAGGUUUUGUCCCAGCUGCUGUCCAGUGGAGCUGACUUGAGUUUAGAAGACCACUCCGGUUCCUCUGCACUAGUGUAUGCUGUUAACGCUGGUGACAAGGAAGCUCUGCGAGUGUUACUAGAUGCCUUUAAGGCCAAAGGCAAGGAGGUCAUAAUUAUUACCACAGAUAAACUCCCCUCUGGCAGACUAAUGACCAAACAGUAUCUGAAUGUCCCUCCACCACCAGAUUUGGACGAUAGGUUGCAUUGUGUCCCUACUGUCUGCAUGUCACCCUCUGAAAUUAAACUCUCUCCUUCUCAUGUCUCCUCUGAUUCAAGCCAGUCACAAAAUGCCUUUUUACACCUGGCAGAAAACCAAGCAGUCGGUUCUACCCCUGCAACCACAACUAAUUCAAGGGGAGGGUCACCUACACGGGACCCAAGUCCAUUGCGAGCAGCCGGUGUAGCCAAGCUUCUUCACCUUCAAAGGCUACACUCUGAGCCAUGGCUAAAGAUCCCACCAUCUCUGUUGCUGCAGCAAAGCAAGGCCUUGUCCUUCACAGAGGAGCUCCUAGAUAUCACCCCAGAAGAAGAGCUCUCUUUUGGCUUUAACAGUCAUCGUCGUUUGUCUCAAAGAGCACCACCAGUUGCACGUCAUCAAAGCAUGGAUGCCACCGGUCUGCUCAGAGCCUUGGAUAAAGCAACUGAAGCAGAGAAAGAACAAAAGAAAGAGGCGAAGUGGCUAAGCAGGAAAAUGUCCUAUGAUGGUGUUUCACUGCCACAUUCCUCCUCACACCAGAACCUACUUAAAGAAGCCUCCGGCAGCGAGACCGUUCCUACGGAUAAAGACCCAGACUGCCUGCCCAACCUGGCUGUGUCCAGCCUGAAGGAUGUAGUCCGCCGCCGCAACAUUGGGAUGGACCACUACAGCUCAGACUCCCAACUUCCUCAGUUUGGGAGUCAGCACUCAGACGAGCUUGGCAAAGCCGUCACAAUGGGUGGAACAGAAAAGCGUAAGCUAGUUUACAGCCGAUCCUCCACCCUGUCUGGCUCAAGGGAGUCUCUGGAAAGCAUAGUCCAAAGGAGAAGCCCAGCGAUGAUGGAGCGCAGAGGGUCUGGGGCUCUUCUGCUGGAUCAUAUCGCACACACUCGGCCAGGCUACCUGCCACCACUAAACCCACAUGCACCCAUUCCAGAUAUCAAAGUUAACAUCACCAGCACUGGCGCUGAUCGGGGAAUAAAACCUGGUCCUGGCAAUGUAACCAUACCCAUUGCUCCUGGUCAAAGGCAUUUUGUGCCCUGUGCCCCUAGCCUUCCCCGAGACCAGAAGACCAAAAAGACUCUACUGAGACGACACUCCAUGCAAACGGAGCAGAUUAACCGUCUGGCCAACUUUGGGGAGAUUUGUGGACAAUAAAGUGCAUUAAUGUACAUUUGCACAGUGCUGUAUCCGAUAUCAAGUCAGUGCUCACAUGAAGGAAAUAGUGUUUGAAUAUUUAUUAUUA